AUGACCCAUGAAGGUUUGACCAUUCGUGGCAACCAGAAUUCGGUCAAACAAGCGAUGGAAAAAGAGGAAUACGGUCUGACGAAAGAUGGUCUUGUGUGGAGAAGGCUGUAGGUGUUGACGUUGGAUGGUGACAACAAGAAACCAUUGGGUUGUUCAAAUGUCAGUGAGCAAUGUUCACAAUUGUAAGUUUUUUGAGUUUUUGAAAGUUGUUUUAGCUUUAGUAGUUUCGUCGGUGUUAACAUGGUUUGGUAUAUUUUUUGAUUUUGUUUUUUAUCUGACUUUAUAUUCAGGGAGAAAUAAAAGAAGUUGCGUUCGUAUGAUCGAAUCAGAGGACUAAUGGUACCAUUCAGUAGGAAGCUAGCUGCUUUGUCGUGUCCUCGGGUCAAGAACUGUGUGACGUUCACGACGUUCAAGGAUUCCAGCACGCAACCAUCGAAUCAGAGGACUAAUGGUACCAUUCAGUAG